UGAGAAAGUAAUUCCGGAAGUUUAGAUUUCAUGAGUGGACGAGAAAUGGAAAACGAGGAUGAGUUUAUGCUCAAAUGUUUAGAAAUACUUCGCGACGGUCGUAGUUCGUUUCGUACCAUAAACAGAAAGUCCGUAAUCUCCGAAGCAAAUCAAAGUGUUUUAUGGAGCGGACUAUCGAAAAGAGGACGUACCAAUAGGAAGCUGAACUUUACAGACCUCAAAGUGGUUGAUCCAGCCUUUAGGAGGGGAGCAACUUUAAGACUUUUGAGUAACGUUAUUAUUCUGUCGGUAUUUGACCUAAGGGCACUUGUAUUUCAUGAAAAGGUUCAAAUAUUUGACCCUGAGAAUCUUCAAAGUGCCAAGGUUUCGAAGCAACUCGUAACUAGUUUGCGUUCAGCUCAACAGUCUAACAACCAUUUCGUUUUUGAACUUUUUGUAUUGGAUACACUUUUAACGCUCGUAAGCAAACAAGCAACAGCGCCUUUUGAAUCCUUGGAAUCCGCAACUUAUCAAAUGUUGAAAGAAGCACCGAGAAAGAAUGUUGCCCACUAUCUGUCUUCCCUCCGACUAAAAAAGCAGCAACUUUAUCAGAUUGCCGAGAACUCAGAAAUUCCACGUCAGCUUUUGGUUUCAUUUCUCGAGGAAGAAGCUUUUGAAGUUCCUACUGACUUUGACAGCGACAACUUGAAACAGCAGACUGAAGACCUUCUAGAGCAGCGCCUACUACUGUUUCGUUGUCUUGACUCUUCCAUUUUGUUACUUGAAACGAUUGGUCAACGAGUACACCGCCUGUUGGAAGAAGUAAAUAAUCGAGAGGAUGUUUUGAGCAUCGGCAUGGAUUCUUUUCUGCGAUCAGUUUUACCUCGUUAUUUGGUGCCUGUUUUGGUACGAACAUACUGACACCUCUUGAAUUGUCAAAUACUGGCUCUCCUAUUGGCUGGUAUUCUGUAGUUGGCGGUAGCUUAUUAUUUUCUUUCCUAUUUUCAGUCGUCAUUUUAUAUUUUUUCAAGGGUUCAUUCAAGUAUAUUCGAAAGCAACGUCGUCAAUUGAACAAUCAUCAUUAAAAUAUUUUUGAACAAU